CACGUAUUUUUGCGCGCAAAUGAAACUAAAAUGUUGUAAACAGAGCCACAGAUCGACUUGAAAGUAAUUUUGAUUAAGCUGAUAGAAAUGUCAGGUUUUGUUUAUAAAGAGGUGAACGGGGACUUGUUCAGCGCGAAGGCCGACUAUUCCAUGUGCCAUUGCGUGGGCGCUGACCUGCGUAUGGGCAAAGGGAUCGCUGUCAAGUUUCGCACUAAGUUUGGCCAGCUGCUGACAUUGCAGAGGCAGAAUGUCCAGCCGGGUGGCGUGGCCAUCCUAAAGGAUCAGGAGCGUUUUAUCUACAAUCUCGUUUCCAAGCAAACGAGCUGGGGAAAGCCCACCUAUCAGCUACUCCACAGCUCCUUGACCGCGAUGCGGCAGCAUAUGAUUGCCCACAAUGUCCACAAGCUGGCUAUGCCUCGCAUUGGAUGCGGCCUGGACGGACUCUCCUGGAUGAAAGUGAAAGAAAUGGUCUGCGAGAUUUUCCAGUCGGAUGCUAUUGAACUAGUUGUAUAUAAUUAUGUGCUCCGUGCAGCCAAAUAGUAAAUGUAGUAAAUGUAAGUUAACUUAAACAUG